AGCAAUAUUUUAAGACUUUUUUUGUUGUUGCUAGAACCAAUCUCCUUUGUAUUUUUUGAUUUCACAGACACAGCCUCCUCUUAUUAUGCUGUUGCUGUGGUAAAGAAGUCUUCAGGGGUGACCUGGGCAAAUCUGCAGGGAAAGAAAUCCUGCCACACAGGCAUUGGCAGGACAGCUGGCUGGAACAUCCCGAUGGGUCACAUCUAUGCCCAGACUAAAAACUGUCAGUUUGAUACUUUCUUCUCCAGCGGUUGUGCCCCCGGAGCCGAAGCCAACUCUCCAUUCUGCCGUGAGUGUAAAGGCAGCGGCAAAGCCGUGGGAGAUGAAGCCAAGUGCAAAGCCAGUGCUGAAGAGCAGUACUACGGCUAUGCUGGAGCUUUCAGAUGUCUGGUAGAGGGUGCUGGUGACGUUGCCUUCAUUAAACACUCAAUCGUUUCAGAAAACAGUGAUGGUAAUGGUCCUGACUGGGCUCGUGGUGUGAAUUCUGCCGACUACCAGCUGAUCUGCCCUGGAAAGGAUCCAGUGCCAGUCGAGGACUUUGUUUCUUGUCACUUGGCUGCUGUCCCGGCACACGCUGUGGUAACUCGGCCUGAUGUUCGUGACAAAGUGGUCCGCAUCCUGCAAGACCAACAGACCAAGUUUGGAACCGGUGGCAGUGAUUCUACGUUCAGAAUGUUCCAGUCCGCCAAUGGAAAGAACCUCCUCUUCAAGGACUCCACCAAAUGUCUCCAGGAAGUUACUUCAGGAAAAACCUAUGACCAGUUUUUGGGACAAGAGUACAUGAACGCCAUGUCCUCACUCAGACAAUGCGCUGACACUGCUUCAGAUCUGGAGAAAUCUUGCACUUUCCAUGCCUGUCAGCAACCUUAAAAGUGUCACUGACAGUUUUCCACCCAAGUUGGACAUCAGUGAUUCAACUACACUUCCUACACUCAACCUCCCAAAUCACAUCACCUUGUUCAAACUGAUCUUGCUGCCUGUUUUUUUUUAAUGCACAAUCAGCACAGAAAUAUUACAAACUUCAAAUCAGUUUCCAUGUGACCAAGUCGUUGUAGCUGUUGUAACUUCCAACUUUAACUGAUCAACUUUGCUUUGUUCAGUGUCUGACUUUUCCCAAAUAAAACUUGUCAAACCUUU